AUGACGACCCUCCUGGCCUACGCCCGCUACCCUCUCUACAUCUUCACCUCCCUCUUCACCCUCUGCUCCGGCGCCCUCUACUGGAAGCAAAACGAGAUCAUCUACCCGCGCUUCAUGCCCCCCGGCUGCCGCGAGCCCGCUGGCGUGCCCACCCCAGACCAGUUCGGUAUCUCGGACUGGAGCUCGCCGACACUCAUCACGCCUGAUGGGGAGAGGUUGCAUACAUUCCUUGUGCAGCCGCCACGCACGCAUCCUAAUUAUGGGAAUGGGAGGGGGAGGGUGCAAGAGGAGGGGGAAAAGGACGGUGGCGCGGAAGGGAGGGGGGGAAGGGGCGGGCUCGUCGUCAUAAUGUUCCACGGCAACGCAGGCAAUAUAGGCCACCGCCUACCCAUCGCAAAGAUCAUCGCAGAACAAGCUGGCGUCAGGGUGUUUCUGGUGGAGUAUAGAGGGUAUGGACUCAGUACUGGUCAGCCGGACGAGGAGGGGCUUGUGAGAGAUGCGCAGACCGCGCUGGAUUGGGUACGGCAGAGCGAGGAGUGUAGGGGGGAUGGGGUUGUCGUUUAUGGGCAGAGUAUUGGGGGCGCGGUGGCGGUGAGGGUUGUGGUGACGAAUCAACCGAAUAGAUUUGGUGGGAGGGGGAAUGGAGGGGGAGGAGAUAGUGAGAGUGAGGAGGAGGGCGAGGGGGGCGAGAUUAGGGGAUUGAUGCUUGAGAAUACGUUGACGAGUAUGCGGAAGUUGAUACCGAGGGAAAAGAGGGUAGAUGGUAGGGCAGAGGAGAAGACAGCGCUGACGAGAUCCAGUGCUCUCCCACCCGCGAAGUACCUAGCCCCGCUGUGCCAUCAGACGUGGAAGAGCGAGGAGUAUAUACCCAAGAUCAGGAAUGUGCCGAUACUGUUUCUGUCGGGGUUGAAGGAUGAGAUCAUCCCGUAA